GGGGUGGGAAGAAGAGUGAAUGACAGCCGCGUUGCUGUGGGCAUAGUCCGGGAAGUCGAGGCGGCGGCGGCGAGUCCCGGGUCCGGUUACCAGGGGCGACCGUCGAGAUGCUUUCCUAACAAGAGGAAAAAGCACAGUGGAUAUCUGAAGCCAGAGAGGCCGCCAUGUCACCCAGGUGUCCAGAGCACAGUAUUAGCCUGCUGGUAUGCUUGCAGCACUAGGGACAGAUGGAGCAGGGAAUUAAACACAAGCCACCUCUUGUACUGACUUAAGGGUGUAGUUACAGUACAGAAAGUGAACAUCAGUGCUUUUUGAGAGUUUGUGUGGUGCUGGAUGACACCCUCCUCCAUGAAAACAUGGCUCACUUUGACACUGAAUAUCAGAGGCUGGAAGCCUCAUACAAUGACUCUCCCCCUGGAGAAGAGGACCUGAUAGUUCAUGUGGCUGAAGGCAGUAAAUCUCCCUGGCACCACAUUGAGAAUCUGGAUCUCUUUUUUUCUCGUGUCUAUAACCUGCAUCAGAAGAAUGGCUUCACCUGCAUGCUCCUCAGUGAGAUCUUUGAGUUAAUGCAGUUCAUCUUUGUUGUGGCCUUCACCACCUUCCUUGUCAGUUGUGUUGACUAUGACAUCCUCUUUGCAAACAAGCUUGUGAAUCACAGCCAGCACUCUAGUGAUCCUGUUAAGGUGACCCUGCCAGAUGCCUUCCUGCCCCCCAAUGAGUGCAGUGCCAGGAUUCAGGCCAAUGGCUUUCUCCUGUCCAUCCUGGUGAUUGCAGGGGUCUUCUGGAUCCAUCGGCUGAUUAAAUUCAUCUACAACAUUUGCUGCUAUUGGGAGAUCCACUCUUUUUACAUCAGUGCUCUAAAGAUUCCCAUGUCCAAUUUGCCCUACUAUACAUGGCAAGAAGUACAAGCACGAAUUGUGCAAAUUCAGAAGGAACACCAGAUCUGCAUUCAUAAGAAAGAACUGACAGAGUUGGACAUUUACCAUCGCAUCCUACGUUUCAAGAACUACAUGGUUGCUAUGGUGAACAAGUCACUACUACCAGUGCGCUUCCACCUUCCCCUGCUGGGAGAUACAGUCUUCUAUACACGUGGGCUCAAGUACAAUUUUGAGCUCAUCUUCUUUUGGGGUCCAGGCUCGCUCUUUGAGAACGAAUGGAGCCUCAAGGCUGAGUAUAAGCGUGGCAGCAACCGCCUGGAGCUUGCUGAUAAACUGGGCACCCGCAUCCUGUGGAUUGGCAUUGCUAACUUCCUACUCUGUCCGCUCAUCCUCAUCUGGCAGAUCCUCUAUGCUUUCUUCAGCUAUACGGAGAUCCUCAAGCGAGAACCUGGCAGUCUGGGGGCUCGCUGUUGGUCCCUGUAUGGCCGUUGCUACCUGCGGCACUUCAAUGAGCUGGAUAAUGAGUUGCACUCCCGCCUCAGCAAAGGCUACAAGCCAGCCUCUAAGUACAUGAACUGUUUCAUUUCGCCCCUGCUCACUGUUGUGGCCAAGAAUGUGGCCUUCUUUGCUGGCUCCAUCCUAGCUGUCCUCAUUGCCCUCACGAUUUACGACGAGGAUGUGCUGGCUGUGGAGCAUGUCCUCACUACUAUUACCAUCCUGGGGGUAGCUGUCACUGUCUGCAGAUCCUUCAUCCCAGACCAGCAUCUGGUAUUCUGCCCAGAGCAGCUGCUUCGCGUGAUUCUUGCACAUAUCCACUACAUGCCUGACCACUGGCAGGGCAAUGCUCACCGUUAUGAGACCCGAGAUGAAUUUGCUCAACUGUUCCAGUACAAGGCGGUGUUUAUUUUGGAAGAGCUGCUAAGCCCUAUUGUGACUCCCUUGAUCCUCAUCUUCUGUCUGAGGCCCAAAGCGCUUGAGAUUAUUGAUUUCUUUCGCAACUUCACAGUGGAGGUGGUGGGUGUGGGAGACACCUGUUCCUUUGCCCAGAUGGAUGUGCGCCAGCAUGGACAUCCCGCGUGGAUGUCAGCUGGGAAGACAGAAGCCUCCAUUUACCAACAGGCAGAGGAUGGCAAGACAGAGCUGUCCCUCAUGCACUUUGCCAUCACCAACCCACACUGGCAGCCACCUCGGGAAAGCACAGCCUUCAUUGGUUUGCUUAAGGAACGUGUGCGCCGUGAUAGCAGCCUGGCAUUGGCCCAGCAGGCUGUCCUCCCUGACAAUGCCCUCUUCACCUCCAUCCAAUCUCUACAGUCAGAAUCUGAGCCACACAGCUUGAUUGCUAAUGUGAUUGCAGGCUCUUCUGCAUUGGGCUACCAAGCAACUCGUGAUGGCCAGGCCUCACGCCAUCUCUCUGCUGUAUCCGAGGUAGCAUCUGCCCUGCGUUCUUUCUCUCCUCUUCAGUCUGCUCACACAGUCCAUGGGAGUUCCCAUACUGAUGGUUCCCAAAUUCGGGGCCCUGGAACAAUGGCAGGCUCGGGGGCUGAUGCUAGGACAGCUAGCUCUGGCAGCAGUGCCUGGGAAGGUCAGCUUCAGAGCCUCGUCCUUUCAGAAUAUGCUUCUACCGAGAUGAGUCUGCAUGCACUCUACAUGCAUGAGUUGCACAAGCAGCAUGCCCAGUUGGACCUUGAGCGCCACUUAUGGCACCGGCGGGAGAGCGAUGAGAGUGGUGAGAGUGCACAGGAGGAGACAGAGACUCAGAGGGGCACCCCUGGUAGCAUCAUUCCUCGCUCAGCCAGCUAUCCUUUUGCCUCACCUCGGACGGCUGGAGAUGAGACAGCAGCUCUGCAAGCAAGCUUCCAGCGCCGAUAUGGUGGUGUCUCAGACCCUGGCACCAUGAAUAGGGCGCCAUCACACUUCGCUCGGCUGCCACUUGGGGGCUGGGCUGAGGAUGGCCAAACUGCUCGACACCCAGAGCCUGUCCCAGAGGAGAGUUCAGAGGAUGAAUUGCCACCUCAGAUACACAAGGUGUAACUGUGAAUGCUGAAGAUCAAAUGGAGGGUCCAGAUUCUGGGCCCAUCUUAGUUGACAGGACUCUGAGUUACACCACCCUGAGAGGUGUGGAUUGGCUCAGGAGGCCAUGUCCUGGACGUCAGUAUCAGAAGGAAGAAGAUAUGAGGUCAGCAGUGCCUUUGUGAUGGGCAGAACUCUAUCCAGACAUGCAUCAUGGCAGUGGCAUGCUAGGUGUGCAUAAGCUGGAUGUGUGUGUGAUUACAUAUUUGUCCAUGUCUGCAUACGUGUCGUCCAUGUUGGAGAAUCAUCCAAGACCUGCAAAGAAGCGUCAAAGCACAUAAGAAACAGGGAUAUUGACAGGUGCUCAGCCUGCCUGAAAGGUUCCAGGGUGGGAAGAGGACCUGCUGUAUGGACCCUGUUCAGAGGCAGGAAAACACUGCCUCGUCAGACUGCAACACUAUCAAAGAUGCAAUCAGGAGAUAGAUUUGGACUCAGGAAUUGAAGGGCUGCGAAAGAUUAUUUUUGUAACAGGAACGGGGCACAGGCUCCCUCCGGGGCAGUGCCUGACUUAGAUGAAGUUUUUCACACGCAAAAAGGGUGCAUACCUUUCAUUCUGCUUUAGCAUUCACUCAUGAACUUGGAAGCCAAGCCAGAAGGGGCAAUCCUGCAGUGCCACCAUCACUACUAUUGGAUUUGCCUUGUUCUGGAUGCAGUAAAUCCUGUUCUGCUUGACGCCACAUAUCAUUCAUGUCCCUGUCUCUUAGUAUCAAAGCACAGAAUCAAAAACAUAAUGCUCCAAACUGUUACUGGGGUUUGCUUGAGUCUGUAUCUGAAACAACCCAAGUAAUCCUCACACCAAAUCUUACCAAGCCGGAAAGCCUCAUUCUCUGGAGAGAUGGCUCUUUUCUAAAGAAGGCCCUUACUUUUUACAUUGUUCAUCCUACUAGAACCAAGAAUUGAGUAUUAGGCUCUGCAGGUGAGGAUGAGGGAUGGAUUGAGCUGGUCUGCCCGUUACCAUGAUAUUUAAAUAUUUCCCAGAUUCCCUUACCCUGUUUGGGUUUAUCUCCCAACUGGUACUGCCAAUUUGUGAUGUCCUUGUUUUGUUACGGUGCCUUGAGAGUAAGUAUCCAGCUGUCAUGUAAGUGCCAGCAAGAGAGGAGUUUCUACAUAUAAAAUAAAAUCCAUCUCUCUUGUCUAAACUAUUAGGGAAGAGGUGGGCUCCAGGUUCUUACGGAAGGAGUUAAGCCUCCCACUCUGUUUGAUAAGGGACUCUUAUGACUUCUACAGAAGUUCUGCUGGUUCUAGUACUUUCCCAGUUUUACUGAUGAUUGCCACUCAACUCUUGUACCUCUCCCACUGCCCUUUUUCUUGCUCUCUAGCACUAGGGCAGUGGUAGGAGACAUCAUGAUUUGCAUAGCUAACAUGACAAGCAGUAUUUUCUAGGCAGCUAGUAAAAACCUCACAAAGAGGAUGUGGUAGAAACCAGCCAAUUGUUGCAUGGGUUAAUAUUAACUCUCUUUAGGAACCACUGGUCCCAGAUACCUCAUUCAACCUAUAAUGUAGCUCUUCCUUCUCUGUGGGGGGUCAAAUAUGGAAUAUUUAUUCACAAUGACCACUGCAACGUCCAAUAAUCACUUGCCAAAGCCACUUUCUGUGGGAGAGGAGGUUUGCAGUCACAGACAAAAUCUGCAUCCUUACUAUCUGUGGGACCAAACUAGACUGUGCAGGGGAUCUCCAGUGCAAUACUCUGACUUCAAAGCAAUGUUGUGGUUUGGGAUCCUGCAGUCCUGAGAUCUAUUUCCCUUCCUGCCCUUUUUUAAGAAACGAAGAGGUUAUUAUCUUCAAGAAUUUAUUUCAGCUUGCUUCAUCUCUUUCCCCCACGGAAACUGGCAGCCUUAUUCUGACAGUGAAUAAAGGGAGCAUUUUAGCUGCACCAGCAAAGAAUUGAGGGGAAUGCUGAUAGCCCUGUCUUAUGCUUAUCUUUGCCCCAUCUCCAUGCGCAUGGUACAGCUGCCUGCUGCCUCCUGUUUUGUUUGCAGCAUGAAAGAGGCUAGGCUGUGGGUGUGUGGAGCACUAGAAGUGGUUUGUAAAGCAAAGCUUACGCCUGGUAAUCUGUAUAGUGCUGUCUCUACUGAAUAAAGAGGGACGUUCCAUUCUUUGAUGGUUCUAUGCUGUCAUUCUCUGAAAUGCCUCCUGAUCAAAUCCUCUGCAGCCUGCAAGAUGAAUCCACUGGUAUUUCAGGGUAGCCCUCACCACAGUGUCUGAGGCCUUGCUGAUGUUUGCUGAAUUAAGCACUGGGUGUUGGUACAUAUGCUUUCAUGGGUUACUGUAACUUUCAAGGAGACUGCUGUUCAUUUAACUCUAAGCUAAUGUACCACUUCCGGAAACAGAAUGAGCCAGGGAACUCCCUUGUGGCUUGAGACAAGGAAACACAUGUGCCUGCAGCAGCUGGGAUUUGUGCAGAGAACAUUUGACCAAUUUGGAAUAAUAAAGGAAUGCACUCAGAGUA